AUGUGGGUCUGGCGGUCGCUGGGAUGUGACCAAGCAGCCGAGCUACCGCAGUCGACGAUUGCGGCUCUAGGCCGGCGGUGCUGCAAGGACCGGCCCGAGGCGUUCCCUUCGCCCUCUCCCAGCUGGUUGGACGAGGGACUCCCAGGCCGAGACUCGGAAAACUCUGUGAAGGACUCCAAAGGAGAGUCUUACUGGCUCAACUCCGCUCGAAAUGACGUCGUCACGGCUGCAUGGCGAUUGGAGCCUCUGAACAAUCUGAGACUUUGCGUGCCUGCGGCUGUGGAAGUUCGCCCACCGGGACCUGUACAGGUUCUUGAAAUCAACGAGAAGUCGGUGAAGGGCCCGGGCGAGAAGGGUUUGGCCUUCAAGAAUGUAAGGGAAGCUGUUCGCAGGCUCUCCUCUCGCGGUGGAGGCACCUUCUGCUACCGCGUGCCGACAGCGGUUGUUCAGUUGCGAGAGGAAGCGACUCGGGAAGUCUUAACCACACCAGACCAGCCGACUUGGCCACACUGCGUUACCAGUGUCCUUGUGGGUGCGAUGCUCCGCGUCGUCGUCUCAGUGGACUCGCACAACUCGCCUUCGCCUUCCUUGCCGUCCUUGCCAUCCUUGCCUUCCAUCAACAAGGACGCCGAGGAGGCUCGAGCUGUAGUCAUCCAGUGCGAGAGCUGCCGUCUCACCAUCGUCCAGAGGGGUGGGCCUUUGCUGGACCCGGCGAAACUCCACGGCUGCAACGAUGAGGGAAUCGCCUACGAGUUUGACCUGUGGAUGAAGAGGACCCGCAGCAAGCCCAACACCUGGAGACUUCUGAGCAUAACACCAGAACAGGGCGCAGUCGAGGAUCGCUUGGUGUCAAGUUUGGCCUUCAAUCCACCGCCAGGUGUUCUGUCAACCCACGGGAGGCAGAUGGGGGACUUAGUCUUGGCAGCAGUGGCUGACAUUGAGUUCAGCAUCGAACCCUUCGAGCUCAGCUACGGAGAGUCACACCUGGAGUCCUUGAGACAAAUGGUGGCCGAAGAGAUCGCGAACCUCCUCGGCAUUUCCACGGAGCAGGUGAUGUGUGGCGCGUUCCUGCUCAAGAGUGUGGUUCCCAAGAGGCGGCAUGUCCGGCGAAACUCCAUGAUGCUUCAGAUUGCCUUGCUGCACUCGGGGCUCAUCGAGGUGGUGCGUGGGCCUCAGAUGCCCACCUUUAAGCCGGCGCCGGCACUACCGACACCAGUGAGCCCGAAGAGCAAGAGGCCAGCGCUGUCUCGAAGCCCAACGGCCAUGGACUCCCAGAGCUUGGCAGAGACAGGUCUGACUUCGGAAGACACCGCCUCACCGGCCCAGAAGCCCAGGAAAAGUGUCGCACUGACACGGGCUCUGACUACCUUGAAGGACACAGAAGAGGCUUUUGCCAAGACUGUCCGGGGCCUGAGCGCUUCAGCCUCCGCCCCAUCGCUGCACGCAAAGAGCAGCACGCAGAGUAAAGCGCAAAGCACCCAAAGCACGCAGAGCCAAAGCAAUACGCAGAGCCUUUACAACACUCUGAACUUCCAGGGCCGAGAGAUGCCCCCAGACCAGCUGCUGAAGAUGCUCGUCAACAUCUUGGGUGAUCAUCGACAUCCCAUCCGAAAGCACCCAGAGAUCUUCCCCAUGUUCUCGAAGAUAACGAAAAAGGCCGUGCUGACCAAAGCACCGCUGGUUGCCAGUCAAGACAUCAUCGACGCCUCGCACAUGGCCGCCUCCAUCCGCGAGCUCAUGCAGCCGCGGAAGGUGAAGCCGCUGCCGUCGGACCUGGAUGGGACGUCCAUGGAGCAGCUCUCCACCAUGCGAACAGAGAUCUUGAAACUCUACGCCCAACCAGGCGGAAGCAUUGCGGUGCAGAAGUCGCAGCUGGUGAACCUCACGCCCAAAGAGAUUUUGGACCUUGCGGACUGCUCCUUUGGGCAACUUCACUCUUUGGUUGCCUGUCUAGAAGCAACCAUUGAGAAGACCGAGAAUGACGUUGAGUUUUGUCAGCGGCUUCGGCUUCAUCAUGCAGUGGAGCGGACGGUGGUCAUCAUGAGGCACUUCAGCUCGAAUCGAGAGGUCGUGUUCCGAGGCUUCCAGGUUCUGGGGCACCUGACGAAGCACGACUUACUGUCAGUGGAUGCCAUCCUCGACAAGUCGGUUGCACCAGACAUCUUGCUGUCAUCAGACAACUUCCCGAGCGACCAGGAGAUGCAACUCAUCGCCUGUCAGGUGCUGCGACGUGUGUACAUUCGGGCCCGCGAGAUGACGAUGGCGGGCUCCCGCGUCGUAACCUUGGGGAAGCAGUUGGAGGAGGUGUGGACGUUCCAUGGCCUGGCUCGGAUCUUGACUUCGAUGAAGCUUUUUCCACAAGAUGCAGAAAUACAGCUCGAGUGCUGCGUCCUUCUUGCGUCGAUUGGGGAGCUGCUCCACAACAACGGCUAUGCCACGGAGGUUUUCAAGAUCCUGGAGCUGGCCAUGCGCAAGCAUGGGCAAAGGGCUGAUCUGGUCUCCCAGGGUAUCCUGAUCAUCGCCCGGCUCGGCGCCUCCUUCUUGGCCCUUGAGAAUCGGGGCAUCCGGACGAUCGUGAAUGCCAUGGCCAGGCACCGUUCCGACAAGGAGCUGCAGAAGACUGCGGUCCGGGCGCUAUUCGCUUUGUCCAAGGACGAGGUGGCUUUGAAAGCCAGUCGCGCCGGUGGAGGCGUUGGGGCCAUCUUUGCGGCCAUGGCCGGUCACCCGGAUGCCACGCAGGUGCUGCAGGAGGGCACCCGAGCUCUGGAGAAGCACUGCCCGCGGGCCGUGGCCAGCAUCGCCCGGCUCUGUGGCGAUUUGAUCGCGGUGCUCCCACCCGUCGUCUGGUCUUCGGGACCGGACUUGGGAGGAAUGCUGCAGGUCCACAUGGAUGUAGAGGAUUUGAAAUCGCAUGGUUGGGCGCCGCGAGGCAUCGAGAACUUCGUCGCCGAGUUCUCUCCUCCCGCGAACGACUCGCGCUCCAAAGACGAAGAGGAUUUGCUGCAUCUGACUGCGGGCUUCCGUCGGAAGCAAGGCUUAAGGGAUGACAUCGACGCAGCCGACUCGCAGUGGAUGUCUUUGGGGAGCGUAAGGGUGAUGAUGCCCCGGAGCUCCACGCACAACAUUUUGCAGAAGGACAUCAAUGCACUUUCGGGGCGUGGCUGCGACGUGGAGAUCUUGAGGCAAGCCGGCCCCAAGAGGGAGCACGUGCAGGGCAUCUGCGAGGUCCUUGCAGAGGGGGUUGGGCCAAAGAAGUACACGGCCCAGGAUGGAGAGUUGCUGGUACUCAUCUUGGGCCACUUUGCCUGGUUCUCACAUGCGCACGCCAGCGAAAUCAUUGAGUUCGGAGGCCAUCAAGCGAUCAUGGAAUGGUUAAGAACUGAUCGCUUUAAAGGCCAACGGGAUCCAAGGGACGAUGCUUUGGCCUUUCCCAUGCAGAGAGCGUGUUUGUCAACACUGAGCUGUUUGUGUCGCCACGGCAUCGACACAGCGGGGCAUUUGCUGGAGCUGGAGGCUGUAGAGACGGCGGUUCAGUUUACAGGACAUCUGGAGGCGGGGCUGCGUUGUGCCUCCUUGCGGCUUCUGGCAAGGCUUCUGCCCUAUGCUGUGAAGCGGUAUACAGGGAAGGACUCCAAAGACUCGAUGCCCAUGGACGACAUCUGGCCCCCGGUCCUUUGCGAGCUCCGGAGCAGCGAGGAAGUCUUGCGCACGGCUGCGGCCACCUGUGCCGUCGAGGCCAUCAACAGCCAAACGCUGCCAACGGAUCCUCAGAUGACCCAGAACUUGGCACAGGCUCUGCUACACGCGCUGGAUGCUGCCACCUUGGCAGACUCUGCUGCUGGCGCCCUUCCAGUUUUGAUUGCCGUCUCCCGCAUGGUCUCAGACACGGAGGACGAGUACGCAUCCACCGCUAUCAAGAGCUGUGACACCCUCAUCCCGCUCUUGACGGACUGGCUCCCAAAGGCGACGAGAACAUGUGCAGUCUCCACAGCGAAAGCAGCCGGUCUGGCUGCAGUCACCACCUUGCGAAACUUAAGUGAUGGUGGUGCUGCGUUUGGAGGUGCCGAGCUCGCGGCCAUCCUGCGCUACGGCACCAGCGUCUCUGCAGAGCACCCGUUGCAGGAGGCCUGCAAGGCAGCAAUUGAGCUGGCCGUGCAGCGGGAGCCGGAUGCCAGCUUGCUGGUGCAGAUGCUCACGGGGAGGUUGCGUUUGGGUGCCAGCGGCGAGGAGAAGAUCGCGGAUCUGACGAUCUUGAUCCGCAUCGCACAGAGGGCCGUCGUUUUGAUCAAGCAAGAUCCCAAUCAGGCCACUGAGUCCCUGCUGAUGGCCUUGGAGGAUUCCAGCGAGCUUAUUCAGGAAAUACCUCCCGAUCUGCCCGGCGACAAGGACAUGGACGGCAUUUUGAAGGAGCUCACGACCCUCACCAGCAAGAGCAUCGGCCUCGCGGAUGGGAGUAAGGAGGAGGGGGCCGGGGAGGAGGAAGCCUCGUACGCACCAGUUGGUGGCAAAGCCAACGUUGUGCACGGCUAUCCAGUUCGUCCAGGACACCCAGGCCCAGGCUACCCGCAGCCGAUCCCGCAACCGGUGCCGCCCGUUCUGCAGCCGGUGCACCAUGAAGGUCGACCGCACAGACCCAGCACCCAGUUGAGAGAGAUUUCCCUCGAGUACUCCUAUGCUGAACUGUCGGAAUCUACGAGCAACUGGCAUGACUCACGGCGGCUAGGUUCCGGGUCCUAUGGCUCGGUGUACAAGGGUGAGCUGGAGGAUGGCUCGGAGGUGGCCAUCAAGGCCAUUGACCUGGGCGCCUUGGGUGCCUCGGGCACUGCCCCGGAAAUGGCCGGGUUUGAGGAAGAGGUGCAGAUGCUGAGCAAGUUCCGGCACCCCAACUUGGUGACUUUGCUGGGUUGGGGCAAGCACGACAGCGGCUCUGACAGGAAGCGCUACCUGGUCUACGAGCUCUUGUCGGGGGGGGACUGCUUCCAGCGAUUACAGAAAAGCAAGAAGCCGAGUGCGAACAGCCCGUUCUUGUGGUUUGAGCGGCUCAGCGUCUGCCUGGAUGCAGCGGCAGGUCUGUCCCACAUGCUCAACUCCAAGCCCAAGGCUUUCCAUAGGGACAUCAAGUCAGCCAACAUACUCUUAGAUCGUCACGGAACUGCCAAAAUGGCAGACUUCGGCUUGAGCUGCACGUCGAGCCAUGCCAAUUCGCUGCAUGUCACCGUCCGCACGAUCAGCGGCACCCCAGGCUACGCGUGCCCGAUCUACUCGCGCACGGGGCGGGUCACCGAGGGCAGCGAGGUCCAUUCCUUGGGCAUGGUGAUGCUGGAGCUCUUGACCGGCCUGGCACCGGCGACAGCAGAUCCCACCAGGCCCGGCGGCAUCGCCUACCAGGUGGCAGAUGCCAUUUCGCAGCACAGCCCCGGAGCACUAGAGCGCUGCCUGUGCUGCCUGGAUGCGAAUGCAGGCUGGCCGAAAGACUUGGCCAAAGAAAUGGCCGAGCUGGCCCUGCGUGCAGUGCACUCGCAGGAGGAGGAGCGACCCCGCUUCGUCGAGCUCGUCCGCACCCUCCGGAGGCCAGGCCCGAACGCGGAAGUCUUGGAGAUUCUUCGUUCGGAGUUCACUUUUGAAGGCUCCUGGAGCGAUUUCCGAAGCCCAUUCAGCGACUUGGCGCACGGACAGAGCCUGCUCCGGGCAGCUUUCGGGCAUCUCUGCAGGUCUCUGGCAAUGGCCGCGUCCCCGACGUCGCCGGAGAAUGAGGCGAACCCAAAGGCGCGCGAGGCGAAAGCCCAGGCGGUAAUUGUACACAGCUCGCAAGCUGCUUUCGGCUUGGAAUUCGUUACCGCUGUGGGCGUCGAUUUGAACACACUGCCUCCCGACGUCCAUCGCCUUUGCCUCGCGGGGACUAUUCUCGACGGUGUGCUGCUAGUACCUGUGGGUCGGUCGCACCAGCAGCGGGCCUUUGAGGCUUGGGUGCCGGACCAACGGCAAAACUGUAUAUCGCGAACCGCCUUUGAGAUUGCCUGCGGCACGAAAGGUGAGAAUGCAAUGCUGACAGUUCGUGGAUCGGGCCUGAUUUCGGUGGACGGUAAAGUUGCCCCUCGGGAGAUGGGCAUUCCAUUGUCGUCUGGAGCUGAAAUCGCGUUCCAUCACGGCGCCGAUAUGAAUUCGGUGCUGCUGCGGCUCCGAUUUGUACCAGGGGAAAUCCUGUUGGAGUCGGAGCGCCGAGAAAAAGAGCCGGAGAAGGAGGAGAAGGAGAAAGCGGAGCCCGGUUCGCCGCGGCUUCUGGGGCUCGGUCGCGAGCCGAGCUCGCCUUGCCCUCGCCGAGCCGUUCGGGAAGAUCUGGAGCUCAGCCCCUCGCGGGGCAGAGCAAAAGACACAAACCUGAACAGCGGGCUAAGCGGCGGCACCGCGGGCACUGCGGGCACUGCAGGCACUGCGGGCACUGCGGGCACCUGGAUCCUUGCGUGUGUUCACGUCGAGGGCCUAAGCCCGAGCCAACUCGCAGACCUGCCCAGCGCCGUGCGGGACAUCCAGGUGCCGAGCGCGCUGCUCCCGUUGAUGCUGGGCCGGAUCCACCAGAACCAGUUCGAAGCCUUGGCUAAGGCUGCAGACAAGCCGAAGCUGGGGAACUUCAUUUCCAGGACACAUGGUCAGCUGGAUACAGAUGCCGACGGUCUGUCGCUUUGCGUGACGAACUUGAGCUCCAAUCCGCUGCUUGGCUGGCUUUAUGUUGGGGAAGAGCUCGUGGCGCAAAGCCAGACCGUAAAGCUGGCAAGAGGCCAGCUGCUGUGCUUUGCACGGCCAGAGCAGGACUCAGGCAACCACAUCCACUUCCUCAAGUUCAAGGCCAUCUUGGUAGAAGGCGGCCCUGGCCCCACCAGCCCUCUUCGGGGCCAAGAUGCGCCCAACCGUGCUGCCGCACACUUGUCUCCGCAGAGAAGUGUGCAGGUGCGCCGCACGGUGGUGGAGGGUGCUGAGGCUCCGCACUUGCUAACGCUGUCUCCGCCGCCGCGGAAAGUGAAUCCCGAUGCUUCGACCUCGCCCAAUCGGGUGAGCCGGAUCGCGCGAGAAAGGAUCGAUGAAAGGCCAGCCCCGAUUUGCCUGGAGCUUUCUGGUGAUGGAGUGCUUGACGUUCCGGCCAGCGAGCGCAGAAUUGGACCAGUUUCCGUGGCGGAUCAGCCGAUGAUCGUGGGCAGGAAGCAUCAGCCAGAGCUUCACAAGCGCGCCGUGAACCCGCAGGGCCUGAAGUUCAUGAGCAGGGAUCACUUCAGCAUCUCCUGCGAGCGCGGACUAUUCCGAAUCGAGCCGCUGACGUCCAACCCCAUGUGGCGCUUCCGGGUCGGCUUGGAACCCCUGGAGCUCGAGCAGCAAAAACCUGCCGAGCUUCGAUCAGGAGAUCGCGUUGCGCUUGGCACAGGCAGUGACAAUUCGCCAGAGGCAGCCCUGCAAAGCCUUUGCUGGCUCUUCACUGUUGAAGGCGCUGACCCCGCAAAGGUGGAGCCGAUGCUGAGCAUUCCGCGAGCUCGCACGCCACCAUCACCAGGUGGGGCUUUUCCCCGUGUGUCUGAAGACAAGCCCUGGGCCAUCCGCGUCUUGAGGACGCAGGAGACCUCGGCCGGCCUCGACAGCCCCGCCAGCCCAGCGCGCGAGCGGCUCCUCUCUGAGAGCGGUGCACCAAAGGCGAAAGCUAAGAGUCGACCUCUCCACUAA